AUGAGGGCUUCCUCACUGUCUAGGCCUGCGACGGCAGUUGUGGUCUCUGCUCUUCUCAGUUCUUGGCAGUUACCUACCGCCAAUGCAUUCACAGCUACACCAGUAUCACAGCCCAACCUGGAUUUAUCGCUUUUAGGUCGAGUCGCUCUUACUGAACAAACUGAGGCGGCCCCUUCAACUAAUGACUCUCAAGCACUACUCACAACUCUACCAAAUGGCGACCUCGUACCAUUAUUGUCUGCCGACGCGGAUAUUCUAGCCAUGUGUUCGUGGACGCGUAAGGAUGGGAGUUUCGAAGGCAUUGUCGUCGGAGGCAAUUUUACAAGUUUAGGGGGUACAAAAGCAGAAGGCAUAGCGUUGUAUGACCCGGCGUCAAAUAAUGUGCGGAAUAUGUCAGGACUGUCCGGUGUCGUGCAAGCAUUACUGUGCGAUCAGGAGUCCGAUUCGGUCUAUGUUGGCGGCGAUUACAGCGUCGGUAACUCGACAAACGCAAUGAUCUGGAACGGUACCGGUGGUUGGAAAGCGCUUCCUUUUAACGGAUUUAAUGGUCCGAUUUCGUCCAUCGUCAAGAACUCAGAAGGUCACAUCAUUUUCGGCGGAAAGUUCGAAAGCCUAGGAAAUGUGUCAACGUCAACGGCCACAAACAGCUCCCAGGUGGUCAACCUAUCUGCAGCCAACAUUACGAGUGAUGCCCAAACCAGCCUUGCUGGCUUUGUCGAUCCUCGCAACAUCAUUUGCAAAUCCGAUGCUGCUGAGGGACCCGGCAACACUUGGCUGCUGGACGACUAUUCUCCUGGGUUUUGGCAGGCUCAGAUGGGCUUCACGUUUUAUCCAAGCAAGGUUCGCUUGUACAACACGCAUUUUCAGGGUCGAGGCACUCAGUCAUUCCGUUUCCAAGCUUUGCCGGACACGGGCAUCAUGAACCUGACAUAUACGGAUCCAUCGACUGGUCAAAAAGCAUUCUGCGACUUUGCAUGCCCUCUCUCUAACGACACGUCUGAGCCCUUCCGCGACUUCGAACUGGUCAAUCCUGUUGGUAUGUCUGGGUUUAUGAUUCAGAUUCUGAACUGGUAUGGCCAAGGUGCUGGUCUUGAUGGUAUCGAGAUCUUCCAAUCUCAAGUAUUUACCUAUGCUCUCAAUGACUUCAAUGAGCCAGCAUGUACCGGAAUAGAAUUUCCGGCAACCUCAAGCACAACAGGUGACUGGACCGUGACAUCUGCUGGCGCGCCAUCCGACUAUUUAAUUGCCAAUGCUUCCCAGUCUGAUGUCUCGAUUACCUUUAAGCCCGACAUUAAGCAAUCCGGCAACUACUCAGUCCUUCUUUACACCCCAGGCUGCUCAGAUGCGGGCACCUGCCAAUCUCGAGGCAUCGUCAACAUCACGGCUACUUUCACGUCGACCGAACCAGAAGCCAAUCUCGACACGUCCAUAAUAUAUCAGACUAACAAUUUCGAGAAAUACGAUACCAUCUAUACUGGUUUCAUUGAAGCCAGCAGCGAUAAAUUCCGUUCCCAGAUUACUGUCACGCCAGUUGCAGGACAAGGCGAUAUUGAAAUUGUGGCAUCCCGCGUAGGCUUUCAUCUACUUAACUCUACUGGAGGGGGCUUGAACGGUCUAUAUGAUUAUGACCCUUCCAAUACGACAGACACCGAUUUCUCAUCCGACAGUAUCGACGCCAUUGGAAUCAAUCUGGACACUGGAGCUACCAUCUACAGCCUGGUUCAAUCUGGAGACGUGACUUACGCAGCAGGAAAUUUUUCCGAUUCGUCUUUACGAAACAUUCUAUCUUUCAAGUCCAGUGGCAACGCUACUUCUCUCAGCGGUGGUGGUUUGAACUCCUAUGUGACAUCCUUGCUCCUGCUUAACGACACACUGUAUGCAGCGGGAAACUUCACGAACACCGGUCAAGGUGAUGUGCAAGGUCUGAAUCACGUUGCAGCCUAUUCUCCCUCCAGCAAUACCUGGUCUCCACUUGGAGCAGGCGUCAAUGGGCCUGUCACUUCCGUUUUGUCAUUUCCAAUAAACUCGACAAAUGGAACAACUGAGAUUACAGUGGCAAUUAGCGGAUCUUUUGAUCAAAUCUUGGCAUUUGGGUCUAACUCGUCUAUUAGGGCAUCGGGCUUUGCGGUUUGGGUUCCAUCUCAGAAUAACUGGCUACAGAACGUUGAUAAUAACACGAUGGCCUUCUUUGGUCAGUUGAUGGCAACUGCUGAUGCGGGAAAUAACACUACUAUCCUUGCCGGUUCUUUGGUGUCAGAUGGCAUAACUUCUAGGGGUGCCGUAUCUCUCACAAACUCGGACGGCCUAGCGAUACAGCCCCUUCCCGUGAACAUCCAAGAAGCACAGACGAGUGGCGCGGCAUCCAAACGGGAUUCAGUUGCACAGAAUGUAUCUGAGGUCCUCGUAGGCCACUUUGAUACCAGCAACGGACGAAACCUCACGAUUCUAGGUGGCCAAUUUACUGCCAAAGCGUCUGACGGUUCCAUCAUCCAGAAUCUUCUUUUCCUGAACGGCUCCAAUGGCAAUACUGUGACAGGUCUUCCUUCAGGGGUCGAUAGCAACUCUACCUUCACUACUCUUGCUGUUUACAAAGACACUUUAUUCGCAGGCGGUUCGGUUACCGGUAGGGCAGGUUCAUCAACUUUGAACGGCUUUGUAACUUACAAUCUGUCGACACCUGGAUUUGCUACAGCACAGCCUCCAGCAUUGACUGGCAAGAACGCGGUUGCAAAUAGUAUUGCCGUUCGCCCUAGUUCAACCGAGAUCUACUUUGGUGGAGUUUUCGACGCUGCUGGUGCUUUACCAUGCCCAGCAGUCUGCGUAUGGGAUACAUCUGACGGUCAGUGGAGUCGUCCUGGAGUGGGAAUGCAAGGUUCUGUGACUUCGCUUCAAUGGGCCAGUGACAAUCAAUUGAUCGCUGCCGGUAAUCUCACCCUGGGCAAUAAUCAAACAAGGGUUGCAACGUACGAUACGACCUCCCAAACAUGGUCAUCUGUCAAUGGUGCCUCUCCAUCUGAGAUUCCUGGCGAAAUUACUGCUUUUGGUCCUGCCGCUACAGAUAUGUCCGCAUAUUGGAUAGCUGGCCAAGACUCAAACGGCUCGACCUUUUUGAUGGAGUACGACGGUUCCAAAUUCAACAGUGCCGGACAACUCUUCGGCGCGUCUACUACGAUCCUUGGCUUGCAAGUAGUCGGUCUCAGCACCAAUCAUGAGAGCACCAAGUUAUUGAAUAAUGACCAGAUUCUACUCAUCACUGGGCAGCUAGUCAUUCCCAAUUUUGGGAAUGCCUCUGCGGCUCUUUACAAUGGCACUGCAUUGACACCUUUCCUAUUGUCGUCGACUGCAGAUGGUCAAGCAGGAACUAUUCGAGAGAUGUUUACAGAAAAGCAAAAUACAUUCAGCGGUAAAAAAUCACCCCGUCUCUCGGCAGGACUUGUUGUUCUUGUCUCUUUCUGCAUUGCCCUUGGCUGUGUCUUUUUGAUCGUUGCAUUGGGCAUUAUCCUCAACAAAGUGCAACGAUACCGACAAGGAUACGUCCAGGCUCCGACAGCCUACCAGACAGAUCGCCCAACUAGCAUGCGACGCGUGCCACCCGAGUACCUUUUCGACUCAAUAAGGCAACGUCAAUCUGGCGUUCCUACACUAUGAAAAGCAUCAUCUCUCUUUGUCUCAUUUUAUUGCCGUUUCUGCGGGAGUGCAAGUCUCACUCCUGCUAGUUCUUUUUUAAAUCUCUUUUCAUCUAGCGUUUGACCAUGUUACCCGCUGAUAUCUAUACCCUCUCAUUGUUGAGUGAUCCAAUCUUCUUUGAUGCGAGGAAAUUUCGGAUGAUCAAGUUCUUGCUGUGAAUAGUUCUUGAUUUCUCACUCUGGUUCUUGUUAUUUGUCAGAGUCUUCAUCUUGUACAUAUCUGGAGUAUUGCCUGUUGGUAUAAUGAUAGUAAUGUUAGAAAUUCCAGAAUUAUUUGCAGAUCUUC